CCUCGCUUGCUCUCUCUCUCUCCUUUCUCUCUCUCGCUUGCUCUCUCUCUCUCUUCUUUCUCUUCUCGCUUGCUCUCUCUCUCUCCCUCUCUCUCUGACUGGGACUGCAUCGUGCCUUUCUCUGCAGAGGAAUCGCUGGCUGGUGGAAUCUCCUUGACUGCACCCUGACUGGCUGUGCGCAGUGAUUCUCCCCUGGCUCAGCUCCUCUGCUCUGCCGUGUGUUCUGACUCAGCUGUGCUGUGUAGUCAGCCUGCUGGUCCGGCUUCUCAGGGAACACAGCCACAGGAAGAGGAGUGUCGGGGCUGGCAGGCAGACGCACCGCUACCAGGACUGGAUAACAACACAGUGGGACGUGGUGCCUCGGUUGGGACCAGAUCAGUCGCCCAGGCACAACAAACAACCAGACCAGGGGGAUUCAGGUUUACACAGACCUGACCAGUUUCUGAGGGGAUAACUCCAGCCCAACGGACCCUGGGCUGGAUCCCACAGCAGGGGGUGUUUUGGACGGGAUCAUAGUGCCAUGGAGGUUCAGGGGAAUGGGCCUGAGGAGCCCAGGUCCAAGUAUCUGUUGUCCUCACACACCACCUGGCCCUGGACCAGCCUGAUCAUCACUUUGCUGCUCAGUGUGUGGUCUGCUCAGGGCCUGGAGAUGUCCACAGGGAAGGUCCCGUUCCUGGAGGCGUUGAACGGCAGUACUGUACUUCUACCCUGCACCUACGCCAGCUGUAUCGGCAUCAAAAACCUCUACUUCAACUGGCAGUACAACGACAACGGCACUAUGCAGAAGGUGUGUGAGUCUGUGAUUCCGUUAGACGGGAUGGAUCCCCAUCCAGUGAGUAUCUACCGGGAGCGGGUGGAGUUUAUCGGCACCGGUGAUCACAACAACAUCUCUAUCCUGCUUUGGAACAUCACCUUUGAGGACGAGGGCCAGUACACCUGCUUCGGACGCAACCCCAAAGAGAAGGGCAAGAACCACAGCGCUAUCUUUACCCUUGUCGUGGUGGACGAGUUACGAGUGGUGGACAACACUCUCACCAUCAUAAUUGCUUCUGCAGUGGGCGGAGCCAUCGCCCUGCUGAUGACUUUCAUGCUGGUGAAGAACUUCAUCCUCUUCGUUCUCUUCAAAAUCGAGGAGAAGAAAAAGAUCGAGUGCCUUGUACAAUCUUCCUCAGCAGAUGAAACAAACAAUGUCUCAGGAUCCAAAACUUCGAAACCAACGACACCAAAGAAGAAAUGAGAGUACUUGCAUGUAUGUACAACCAUAUAUAAAUAUACAGUUAUAUCUAUGCAUAUAUUUAUAUGCACAAACAUGUGUAUGCACUCAUGUGACUCCAUGGGCAGGUUUCUUGGGCAGGUUUUUUGGACUGAGAAGCACGUCUGAUGGAGAGUCUUCAUUGAAAGUGUUUGUUAGUCCAAUAAGCUUAGGCUGUGUCCGGGAAACCUCCCACAUAUGUUUAAGUUGAUAUAUUGUUUAAAAAAAAUCUUAAACCUAGGACUGUUUUUCAUAUGAUAAUAAAAAAAAGAAAAAGAGAUGAAUUGAAUAUACGCUUGAGACAGGGAAUAACGCGAUGUAAUAAUGUUGUUUAAACUGUGCUGGAUCCUGCUCCUCUCUUCACCAACCGCACUACCCUGGGCUUAACUGAAACUGUCUACAAAUUCAAAUAUUGUGUUUUGUGGAAACACAUAGUCUAAUUCAAUUUCCAGUGACAUUUUGCCACUUCAGAUUCAGCUUAUUCAGUAAUGCUCUGAUUCACAUAGAGUUGAGUUUAGUGUUGUUUAGAUAGAAUACAAUGAUAUUAACUCUGCCUAUCCAAAAGUGAUUAAUUUAGCCUAUUUUAUAAUAUUUAGAAACAAAGGUCUUUAAAAGGGUGAUGCUGUGGUGAGACAUGAGAAAGGAUCCAGUUCAGAACUUAAUACACUUUCUUUGCUUGAUAUAAAGCACUGGUGCCUGUUAGCGCUUCUAUCUUCCUCUGCUGAUAGGAAGACUAAAUACUGCAAAACCAUUUACCUAACGCAGAAAAACGCAAGAGAAUAAUACUGCAAGCUGAUGAAUGAAAUUAUAGACAAUCCCUUGAAACCAACCCCCUAGAAAAAAUGAACCUCUAAUAAUGCUGCUUUUAAGACAAAUAACCUUUUUAAUGCAUUUAUAAGCAUGUGAAACCCCAGGGCGGAUUUAGAGGCACAAUGCUUGACAAUAGACAUGUACUCUCUCUUGUGUUCCUUUCCGGAAUCCAAGAUUUAACCACAUGUAAUGUGGUAAGUUCUGUCUGCUUUGAACCUGGAUCUAAAUCUCCUCAUAUCAUGCCAACCCCUGCUACAUCCAGUGUGCCAAGGCUAUGCACACUAUUUGGUAAAGUGGGUCUUCUGGCAUGAACAUUAACCCCCCCCCAACAGAAAUAUCUGCCACAUUUCUUAUAGUAAGUCAUUUACAAAUGGAUCUCUCUUUGCUGUACAGAGCACAUUCACACACAUUCAUGUUUUUACACACUGCAAUAAGUACUCAGCAGAAUUUAUGAUGGUUCAUUCAUGGCUCAUGAUUCAACACAAAUUCACCAUCUGCAAAAAACAGAUAUCGAUCAGCUACAGUCAUUAUGGAUACCUCCACUAACUAUACCAUAAAGAGAUGCAUGGGGCAGCAGUUAAGUUGCAGGUAGAGUGAAAGACUGGAACAGAUCUUUACUGGACAGUGUAGAAUAGACACAUAACUAAUAUCCCAUAUUCAGCCAAUUAUUUUGCCAAACUGGGAUAACCCUGAGAAACCCACGUCUGAUCAGGAAUGGACUGGGAUAACCCUGAGAAACCCACAUCUGAUCAGGAAUGGACUGGGAUAACCCUGAGAAACCCACAUCUGAUCAGGAAUGGACUGGGAUAACCCUGAGAAACCCACAUCUGAUCAGGAAUGGACUGGGAUAACCCUGAGAAACCCACAUCUGAUCAGGAAUGGACUGGGAUAACCUUGAGAAACCCACAUCUGAUCAGGAAUGGACUGGGAUAACCCUGAGAAACCCACAUCUGAUUAGGAAUGGACUGGGAUAACCCUGAGAAACCCAUAUCUGAUCAGGAAUGGAAUGUCAUUGGGUUACUAUGGAAACCCAUUGCUAGUGAACUACAAUGUCAAGAUACAAUAGUGGUGUUUUUAACACACAAUGUCUUGUUUUGAAGAUACUUCCAGUGUGUGACAGAAUUGAGGGAAAACCAUGUUCAGGGAAGAAGUUCACGUCUAUGUCCAUUGUCCAGGAACUUGCUGAAUCUGUCAUUGUAUAAACAUAACAAAUAUACCUCCCUCAAUCACUUGCUGAACCUGUUUCUAAUGUGGACAACCCCUGGUGUUGCUGUUCCCAUAGCAUAGCCCUUCAAAUAAAUGCACUGGCUUGUAGCAAUAGCAGGAGGAUAUUUUGGGCACUUUACCUUAGAUAUGUAUAUUCUUCGGCUGUGCUAGACGUGUGUAAACAGAUGUGUUGUAUCGGUGGAGCAGUGAGUGAAUGAACCUAAAUGUAUAUUUAACAUGAGGGUAAAGUUGAAUGAAUGACCUUUGCUGUCUUAGAUGAGAACAGACCGACACCAUGGUUAGGCCAUCGACAGUAGUACAUGUACUAUCUCUGGUUGGACAUGGCUUUGAGCUUGUGGCACUGAAUCCCUGGCUGAUUCAUACUCUCCUAAGAUAACAGUGAUACUAUGCAAACACAAACACCACUACUGAGAGGAAGACAUCCACACACUGUAGGACAGGCUGCUGCAGUUCCCUCAAUGGGAUUUGCUUUCUCAAAGCUGCCCUGACAUCACAGCAACAUGACUAUACUGUAGCUACUGCAGGAUUCCAAUAAACCAUUUUGAGUUCCUUUUACUGUGAUAAUUUAAGCAAUAAAAAUGACAAGAGCAACAGUAAUCAAAGUGGCAUAUGGGAAAUGGAGUUGAUCCAGGGUAGAUGAGGAAACAUAGGCUUAUAGUGCAAGGGUAUUCAGUCCUUGGGCUGCGGCACUGCUAGUUUUCAUUGUUUUUAAACGGAGACUGUCUGGUUCAGACCUGUGAAAUCACCUGUAAAGAGAUUCUGGCCAAUCAAUUAAGUACAAAGGAGAAGUACAUAGUGCAGACCUCGCUGCUCAGAUUUGAAUACUUAUUUUGCCUGUAAUGCACUGAUGUAUAAGCUUCCCCUUCUCACUCUGGGAAGCUAGCCUCUUUUUUCUGUUACUACAGUAUGUGGCCCUUUUGUCAAUGUUUGGAAGGCACAUAGUGGUGUCUUUUCUCAUGUCUAGUUUAGGUCUGUUGUGAUGUGUGAAAAGACCUUCAAAGGUUCCUGAAUGUUGGAACCUAUGGAGCUAUGCAAUAUACAGUGUAAUUUAAAGGAGCAACAUGUAAGAUUUAAGCCAUAAAUCCAAUUGCAUCAUGUUUUUUUUUAAAGGAGACUGCUUAAAAAUGACAUAGUUCAGCUUACCUUAUCACAAUACAAAAAAGAUUGUUACAAGGACGAAUAAGUUUUGUACUGCUAAUGUUCUUGCUAUUGUUGUCAACCUCACAAACGAGAACCAAUCGUAAUACAGGAAGUUGUACACAACUAAUUUGCAGCGUCACGCAGCAUUCUAAAAAGUAGAUUUUAUUCUUGUGAUAUCUAUCCAUUGACAUUUGGCACUAGUUGCAGGUGGAAAUGUUACAUGUAUAACCUCUAAACAAAGCCGAACUGUGAAAGUGACUCAUGUUCUGUUGAAAUGCCCUUACACAGCUCUGGAUGACCUAGUACCAACUGUCUUCUUUGUUCCCUUUAUUUUGACAACUGUACUGAAAACUGGAUAGGUGAAGCAAAAGUUCAAUCUUUGUGGUUUGGAAAUUCUGAGAACACUUUGUUGUACCAAGUUGUAGUAGCGGAAAUAGUGACCUCAUCCAUUAUUGCACUUAAGACAACAGAAUGUUUGAAUCUAUAAUGUACCCAGACAUUACUGACCCCUUAGUCCCAUAUUCCUCUUCCAACUAAUAUGAAUGUACAGCCAUAUUUCUCCUAUUCCCUCAAAUGAUGCCUCCCAUGUAAUCUCUCCAUCAUGCAUAUCCGCUCAAAUUUUAUUUAUUAUAAAAAGCCACAAGAAUCCAAUAAACUUUUGAAUACAA